UGCAAUUAGCUUAUAUGAAAAUAUAAGACACAGGAAUGGGAAUACUAACAAUGAGGAUAACUUCUACAGUCUUUGUGCUUCUCAUCCAAACAUUUCUCUGUUUGGCUUCAGAUGAUUCCCAAUUUCAACUAAUUAACAGGGCCACUGGUUUUUGUUUGGUAAAAUUAAAUAACCACUGCAAUGACAUUCGCUGGACAUCUGGGGAUCGACUUUUGGUUCAGAAUAAGAAUAAGUGCCUCGGUGUUCAGGGAAAAACUGUGGGCAGUGAAGUAAACCUGUAUGAUUGUGAUGAAACCAGUGAGCUCCAAAAGUGGGAAUGCAAGAAUGAAACUGUGAUCGCUCUCAAAGGCCAAGAACUUUACAUUGACCUCACUGCCGAUAACACAGCCGUGCUCUCAAAUAAAGUUGGACCCAGUAGCCACCUUACAAUCUCUGGGACUUCCAGCGGUGCUUGCACAAGAACAUAUACAGAACUUUACACCAUUGAAGGAAAUGGAGCUGGGAGGCCGUGCAUGUUUCCUUUCUAUUACGAAAGCAAUUGGUAUUCGGAGUGCACUGCAAUUGACUCUCCAGAGAACCGUAAAUGGUGUGCGGUUGAAACAAAAUAUGAUCAUGGUCUCUGGGGUUACUGCCCAACUAACUCCAAAGAAACCUGGAACAAAGACCCCACAACAGGAGCAUCUUAUCAGCUCAACACACAGUCUGCGCUGAACUGGGAUCAGGCUGAUGCCAGCUGCAAACAGCAGAGUGCCUCCCUGCUCAGUAUCAGCAAUCCUCAUGAGCAGGCUUAUAUUUCAGCACUAUUAGGGGCAACUUGGGGACAGGAUUACAAGCUCUGGGUUGGACUGAUCUUCCAGGAUUUAGAUUAUGUGUGGAAGUGGUCUAAUGGGAAUCCUUAUGCAUAUCUGAAUUGGGACUCAGGACAUCCAGUUUCUAAUCCAGGAUAUAAGUGUGGAAUUAUUGAUGGCGCUGUUCAGUACUCUUGGCAAAGUUUAAAAUGCAACAAGAAACUGGGAUACAUCUGCUACAGUGAAGGACCUUUACCUGCACCUACUGAAGGUGCAGAGAGCGGAUUUUGUACAGCACCCUGGAUCCCCUACAAUGGCCACUGCUUUUACCUUUAUCGUAAUGCAAAAAAAUGGUCUGAUGCUCAGAAAGCUUGCCGUAAAGAAGGAGGAGACCUAGUAAGCAUUCGUAAUGUGGAGGACCAAAGCUUCAUCAUCUCUCAACUUGGAUAUGCAUCCACUGAUGAACUCUGGAUUGGACUAAAUGAUAGGAACAGAGAGAGGCUGUUUGUCUGGAGUGAUCAUUCUCCUGUGAGUUACACUAGCUGGGACUCUUGGGAACCAACUGUCACCUCUGAACAAGAAGACUGUGUUCUUAUCAGAGGGGAGAAUGGAAACUGGGCUGACCGUGUGUGUGAUGAGAAACAUGGCUUUAUCUGCAUGAAGACAAGUGACUCUGAAACCUCUGGAGAUGAAGUGGAGCUGAACGCAGGCUGCAAAACUGGUUGGAAAAGACAUGGAUCCUACUGCUACUUUGUAGGGGCUGAGACAAAGACGUUUCAUGAAGCCAACGAUGACUGCAAGAGCUCAAACUCUUACUUAGCUGAUGUUUCAACUGGGGUGGAUAAUUCUUUCCUUGUAAGCUUGGUGGGGCUGAGGCCAGAGAAACACUUCUGGAUAGGUCUCUCAAACCUGAAAAACAGAGAAUAUUUUAUGUGGACCAACAAUGCCUAUGCAAGAUAUACUCACUGGAACACUCAUAUGCCAGGUCAUGUGCAGGGUUGUGUUGCUAUGGCAACUGGGCAUUCUGCUGGCCUUUGGGAUGUGUUGCCUUGUACCAAUAAGGAAAAAUACAUCUGCAAACACCUGGCAGAGGGGGCAGCUUUAACCCCUGCUCCACCAACCACUGCCACGCCUAACUGCACAGAUGGAUGGAUUAAGAUGCAAUCCAGAGGCGUCUGUUAUAAGAUCUUUUCAGAGGCUUCAGAAAAGAGAAAGACCUGGUACGAGGCUAGAGAUUACUGCAGAGCCAUUGGAGGAGACCUAGUCAGCAUUCACAGCGGUGCUGAUUUACUACAAAUGCAAUUUUCGUGGUAUGAAUAUAACACGACCUCUGAUGGGUGGCUAGAGUGGAAUGGGGCUCAGUAUUACUUUAACAAAAAGUCGAUGGCCAUGGAGGACGCUCGUUUGUUCUGCAGACAGAGGCAUGGUGACCUGGUAUCUAUCAACAGUGAAGCAGAAAGGAUAUUUUUAUGGAAACAGAUUUCAACAGGUUAUCGGAAUUCUUGGAUUGGCCUAUCUGUAGAUCUUGAUGGAACAUUUCAGUGGAUGGAUGGUUCUCAGUUGUUGUUUCAAAGUUGGCAGGAAAAUCAACCUGACUUCAAGAACUUUGAUGAGAACUGUGUUUUCAUGACAUCUCACAAUGGAUUCUGGCAUGACUCCAGCUGUGGGCUUGAGUAUGCGUCCAUUUGUAAGCGCAGCAGCUCAACACCUGCAAACACCACCGCCGCAGUGCCUACAGUGCCCCCAAAAGGUGGAUGUCCACACCCCUGGAAAAAAUUUAACUCUAAGUGUUACAGCAUCAUUGACAAUCAGAAUUUAACAUGGCAUGAUGCAAGGGAAAAAUGCAAACAAAAGGGUGGAAACUUGGUGUCUAUUACUUCAAGAGAUGUGGAAGUGUUUCUACUGUCUCAAAUGGCUGAUGCACCUACUACAGACUUGUGGAUUGGUUUAUUUCAGUCACAGUGGAGAACUUACUGGACUGAUGGACAAACAAAGUCAUACAUCAAUUUGGGUAAUGAUAAAAACUGUUUUGUGAUCAAUACCAAGCCUUUGCUUGGUAUUGGGAAAUGGAUUGAAAAGUCAUGCAAUGACACCAAUGGAUUUAUCUGUCAUCGAAAUCUUGACACAUCUCAACCAGAUUCUCCAGAACCAACAAUUUCUACUAACUACAUCAAAAUACUCAAUGACUCCAUUAAGGUUGUUCCUCAACAAAUGAAUUGGGAUAAAGCUGCAGAGUACUGUAAAAAUGACGAUGCCCUCCUAGCUAGCCUGAGGAAUGAGUGGACGCAAGCUUAUGUUGAGCUCAUGGCACUGAAUCUCAAGGCUCCUCUUUGGUUUGGAUUACACAAAGCGCAGAUCAAUGGUUCUUUCAGAUAUGUUGAUGGAUGGCAUUUAAGAUUCAGUCGAUGGGGUAAAAAUGAACCAAGCAAGGACAGAAGUUGUGUAUACAUGGAUGUGGAUGGAAAAUGGAAAACCGCUCACUGUAACGAGACACUAAUGAGUGUUUGCAUGAAGUCUACAGAUGUGCUGCCAACAGAGUCAACUCUUUUUCCAGGAGUUUGUCCUCUAGACCCAGAGGCAACAAUAGAAAACAAGAACUAUAUCUGGUUACCAUUCAGGGGUUAUUGUUAUAUUUUUAUCACAGAGCAAAAGCGCUGGCAAGAAGCAUCUACCAGCUGUGUAGCACAUGGUGGAAUGCUUGCCAGCAUUGAAGAUUCCUCUGAGCAAAAAUUUCUAGAAAGUAACCUGAGAACUUUUCAUGAUAGUUACACAUCUUUCUGGAUUGGCCUGUUUAAAAAACAAUACAAAGAGGAAUGGCUCUGGUUGGAUAGAACAGUCAUUAGUUACACUAACUGGGCUGAAGGUCAACCUGUUAAUGGCAGCAGAUUACCCCGCAGAGGAGAGAUUAGUACAUCAGAUGGGACAUGGAUGGAUAUUGACAUGUGGGUUGAAAGACCUUACAUCUGCAAGACACAAAAAGGCUCCGAAGGAUCCUACCUACGUCAUGUAGGUAGGAUCCUUCGAAGGCUGGGUAUGCAGCUAGAAGCAGAAGGAGCUAGAAAGACUUUAUCAUCAUCGCCGGCAUGUUUUGCACCUUAG